AUGGUUGUGAAUACUUUUGCCAAUAGGCUUUCAUCAGACUUUACCCUCUUCAAUCUCAACGAUCCUAAAACCACUAAAUUUUACAUAGCCAAUAUGGACUACCUCAUCAAUAAUUUCCCAUAUUUCAAUGAUAUUCAAAUAGUUUCUUCAUACUUUCUUUCUCGAAACAAAAAAUUCAAUUCGAAGUUUCAAACCAGGAUAACAAAAUUCAUAGAAAUAGUAGAAUAUGACUCAAAGCUGAAGGACAGUGAGUGGUGCAAGAUGAGGACACCAGAAAUUGUGGAAGGAAGCUCCUCAAGUAAGGAGGAGGUUAAAGAACUGUAUCCAUCAAGUGAAGAUGAGACAGAGAUUGUUCAACUCGAAAAAUUUACAGUAGAAGGAUUUGAGGAUGAAUUGAGCAGUAAUGAAAGUGGGAAUAACAACAAUAGUGUAUCUGUUGAUAAUCACAAUGUUUUUUCAUCAAGUGAUAUUAAAAAUAACGGUAAUGUUCAAAAUACUAAUAAUAUAACUGAUGAGGAAUCUAUUGAAAUGGUAAUUUCAAAGCUAUCACUGGAAGGACAGUCUUUGAGUGAUCAUAAAAGACCUUCGUCUUUAAUUAACAUCAAGAAUAUUCCACAUUUCCCUAACCAUUUUCCACAGGGCCCUGAAUUUAUAGUUAAUCCAACAGGGCUUGUUAUGAAGUUUUACUCUAAAAUUCUAGGCUCUUUUAUUGGGAAAUUUGUUGUUACCCCACAGUUUAUUUCAAAGCUUAUUAAGAAAAUUCAUUAUGAAGAAAUAGGCUCUCUCCUCUGCACCCUGGUAAAGCAGAGCUCUGCCUUGGACACCUUAGUGACCAGUGGAUGUCUGAAGCAAAUAUGCUUCAGCAAUCUUCCUGUACUUGAAAUGAUCUUGGACUCUUCCCUUUAUCAGAAUGUUACGGAACAAAGCUCUGAAGAUAGACUGUUAGACCAGGUGUAUGAGCAAAAGGAUUAUCUCAUCAGGCGAUUUUUCUUAGAGGGAGAAAAGACAGGCGUGCUCAUAAAAUAUUUGAAUGAAAAUGAAUUUGAUCAUAAAACCGUUGAAAGUUUGGAUAUUAAAAAUGAAAGUGAUAACGGUAAUAAGUCAAAAUCUAUUGUUUUCCCCACAAUCUUCAAUAUUCUUCUUAUCAUCUGCUCAAAUAAAUCAAAUGUAGCCAUUCCAGAAAUUGAACUGCCAUUCCUUAAUAGAUUCACCCUUCUUUACCUUCGCAUUCUCAGCUUUAACACUUCUUUUUCUACUCAAAUGAUUUCAAAACUCUCAAACAUCUAUUUUGAAAAUCCAAAUUGUUCUCACUCUCUUUUUUCCACUUCAAGAAUCUUAUUAAAGACUGAUCCCGACAUGCUCGCAAGGAUAGAAUUCUUUGAAAGAAUGAAAGAGUCUAUUUUUAUCUACACUUCUCAAUACUCAGUUGGAAAUAGUGUGGAUAGUCUUCUGGCAUUUCUUAUAAAAGCAUACUCUAAGUUCAAGUCCUAUCUUUUAAAAUUAAGUAAUAGUUCUAAUCAAUAUUCUUUAAAACAGUCUUGGAAAGCUGCUCAUGCUUUCUUUGACUUUUUUAUUAAACAGGAGAAAUUUGGAUACAAAAUACAGGACUUAAAACUGUCUGAAAAUGCACCAUCCUUCGAAAGAUACGUUAUUGAUUGUUUUUUGAGUGAUUUGCCAUACUCAACUGUUUUUCAAAUGGAACAUCAACCUGAUUUAAAAAAGAACAAUUUGUAA